GAGGAACGUUUUUUAUAUUUUGGUUCUUUAGUCAUUUACUCAAAGAAAUUGUUGCGAAAAUGUAAGAACAGACAGAAGAGAGGUCAUGCCAAAUUAUCUCAGCCCCCCUCUAGGUCUUACAUGUGGAGAAUGGGAUAUGAUACGCCAAUAAAUUAUAACGAUAAUCAACUGAACUGUGGUGGAGCUGGGAAACAAUGGUCCGAGUUCGGUGGUAAAUGUGGUAUUUGUGGUGAUGCGUGGGACCAAAAAGUACCACGAGAUCAUGAAGCAGGUGGUAAAUAUGGUCUGGGUAUUAUCGUAGAAGAAUACAAAACUGGUGGUAUUAUGGAAGUAGUUGUUGAUGUAACAGCUAAUCACAAGGGUUACUUCGAGUUUCAUCUCUGUCCAACGAACGAUCCCAAGAAAACAGCAACUCAAAAAUGUUUGGAUAAAUAUCUUCUUCCUCAAACUAACGGUGACACGCGGUUUAAUUUGUCAAGAGAUAAUGGUAUCUUUACUUUAAAACUUCAACUACCCAAAUAUCUAACAUGUAAACAUUGUGUACUUCAAUGGAAGUAUCAUACGGGAAACUCAUUUGGAUGCUGGGAUAAACUUGAUCCAGAGUCUUGUUGCGUUGGAUGCGGUCCUGUACAAGAAGAGUUCUAUUCAUGCGCAGAUGUAGCAAUUACCUAUACUGGGAACACUGGGUUGAAGGUGAUACCAGGGAAGAACCCUGAGCCAACGCAAACAACUACAAUUUACGUACCAACAACCCCAUUUACAACAUCCACCACGACAAACCGAUUUAAAACUCCUCCAAAACGAACAACGACAGAGGAAGUAAUCAUCGAUGAAAAUGAUAUUCCCGAAAGCGCUGACCAGUGUUUCUUUUUCUGUCUGAAAACAUGUAAUCCAACUGGAAAAUGUCCAAAGUACUGUAAGAACUGUUGGUUAUACCCUCGUGAGUAAUAGUUAACUCUGUAUUCGUUCAGUCAUGUGGUAGACAGGAGAAACUGUCUUAAAACAAUCGUCUAUUAUAAAUAAAUAUAUGCAAUGUG